AUGGCUAGCCAGGACGCCAGCUGCGAACAGACGCAUCCUCCGCCUCAACCCGAUCUGGACGCCAUCUACACCCACCUGUCCCGCUAUCCGUUCUCCACCGAUCCCGAGUAUCAAGCCGGCCUCGCAACUAUCCUAGGCCAUCAGCACACUCCUCCAACACCAGAAGAACUGCACGAGAAGUCAGACCUGGUACUCCAGGCGCAAUGCUUCUAUUUCUCCAGAAAAUUUCACAUCAUGCCGCCUGUGGCUCCCCAAGCGUAUUCAGCGUGGCUUCAAUCACAACCGCAACCACAUCCACACCUGCAAUUAUUACAAUCUCAUUCCGACGAGCCUGAAGAGCCUGCAACCUCAGCACCACCGCCAGCGACAUCCUCAGCGCCGUCUUCGCAGCCUCGAGAUCCACCUCAAACAACCGCUUCCGCUUCCGCCUCCACCUCCGCAAACACUACCACUAUCGCGGCAGCAGCUCCGUCAGAAGCAGCAGCUCAAGACCCACCUCCACCUUACCCCACCUCCUUCGCGGCAAUAGUGGACCUCAUAACACGCAACCUGCCCGUUCCAGGCAUAGAGGAGAUCCCACCUACCGUCCUCGAGCCAGGUUCGAGCAAGGUCGACAGGACACCGAGGAGGAAGAAACCUUGGGAGAAGGAUGUCGACGACGUGACGACGCCGUCGGGAGGAGAACAACAAUCGCAAGCAGAAGGAACAACAUCUUUGGGGUUUGCUGGUGACACACAUGCCACCACGAGCGGUGGUGAAGCUGGAUCUAAGCAGCCCGAAGGUGUUGUCGACGUCAACGGACACAAAGUUGCGGGUGACGGGCUGGUCAAGAUCCUUCAACCCAACGCCAUUCCAGACAGUGGACUGCUCAGCCGAGAUUGA